UUGGUAUUCGUUUUGAAGGCGCUGUCUCAUGACAAUACAGUAGAUGGCGGUAUUGAGUAAUCAACACACAGCAAAACAACAGCAAGACGGCAACGAAGAAGUAGACCGACAGCUCCUCCAGCUAAUAUAAUGGACACACGGUUCACCCGAGGGAAAUCCACCAUCUUGGAGCGCCCCUUGACCAGACCCAAGACGGAAGUCAGCGUGAGCGCGUUUGCGUUGCUGUUCUCCGAGAUGGUGCAGUACUGCCAGAGCCGAGUGUACUCGGUUACUGAGCUGCAGACGCGCCUGGCCGACAUGGGCCAAAGCGUGGGGGCCGGCAUGCUGGACGUGCUGGUGAUGAGGGAGAAGAACGGCAAACGGGAGACCAAAGUGCUCAACAUGCUGCUCUUUAUCAAGGUGAACGUAUGGAAGUCUUUGUUUGGGAAAGAGGCGGACAAGCUGGAGCAGGCCAACGACGACGACAAGACGUACUACAUCAUCGAGAAGGAGCCGCUCAUCAACGCCUACAUCUCCGUGCCCAAGGAGAACAGCAGCUUGAACUGCGCCGCCUUUACCGCGGGCAUCGUGGAGGCCAUCCUCACGCACAGCGGCUUCCCCGCCAAGGUGACCGCCCACUGGCACAAAGGCACCACACUCAUGAUCAAGUUUAACGAGUCGGUCAUAGCCCGGGACAAGGCUUUGGACGGCAGAUAAACACGAGGGGACUUGGUCCUUUUUGCAGGUCCCGCACCAAAAACAGGUCGGACUUUAUUGGAGUAAGACUGUGAUAUUCUGGAUGGAUGAAAACAGGUCGGACUUUAUUGGAGUAAGACUGUGAUAUUCUGGAUGGAUGAAAACAGGUCGGACUUUUUUGGAGUAAGACUGUGAUAUUCUGGAUGGAUGAAAACAUCUCUUUCAUUCUGUUUUCCACUCUUGACUAGAUCGUGUGUUGAUGUCACGCCUGAAUUUUGCACAGGGAAAAAAACACCAUUCCUAUUACAGAUGGUUUUUGUUUCAAAAUGAUAUUCCUGUUUUAGCUUUAUUCAUCCAUCACUCCAUUCCAUUCAUCAGGUAGAAGUGGUAGUUAUUGAUUUAUCCAUCAUUAUCUACACCAGGGGUGUCCAAACUUUUCCACUGAGGGCCACACACUGAGACAUCAAAGCAUGCGGGGGCCAUUGUCAUAUUUUUUAUUUUUCAAAGCCAAUACAAUAUAUAGAUUGUUUGUAUUUUUUUUACCCUUUUAAGUUUGGUCCUGGGGACUGGGUAGGGUCUCAGUCAAGUCAUUUAUCAUUAUUAUUAUUAAUUUUAAUUCAACACUUAAAUCUGGAGAUCAACUUCAGAUGUACCUGUCGAUAUAACGUUUUUUAUUUUUUAUGCUUUUUGCCACUUUUGCCAAAACCCUGUUUUUUAAAGCAAAACGAGUAAAUAUGCAAUAACCCCCCCCCCCCCCCAUAAAAAAUGUCCAAAGUGGAAUAUUUGAUAUGAAGUAAUUGUAGCCUCAAAAUAGGUCAAUAAUUCAUAACAUUGAUUUUUAUUCAUUAUUCAAUUUUUUUUUUAGCACAUUUGUAAUGUCAGUUUUAAAAAAAUAUUGUGGAUCCAAAAGGGCCCCUCUCAUAAGUGUUAAAAGUAAGACAUAUAUGUUUUUGUUAUGACUUUCAAAGCUUAAAUCUCUAGAUCAAUUUCAGCCCUAUCCACUAAUUAUAGGUUUUAAUUAUUUGUUUUAUUUGUUUUAUGCUCUUUUUGUCCAAAAAAACCUUUGUGUUUUGUAUGGCAACACAUAAAAUAUGCACUAUUUCUCUUCCCCCCCCCCCCCCCCCCAAAUUAAAAGUGGAAUAUUUGAUGGGAAGCACUUGGAGCCUUUAAAAAUAGACCAAUAAUUCAUAAUUAUUAUUUUAAUUCAUUAUUAUUUUUUGAGCACAUUUAAAAAAAAUAAAUCUUGAGGAUUCAUAAAAGUGUUAAAAAAGAAUUGUUUGUUUGGCCUUUUAACGCUUAAGACUCCAGAUCAAUUUCAGUUCUAUCCAUCAAUUAUAUGUUUAUAUUAUUUAUUAAAUUUGUUAAUUGCCAUUUUUUUUCAAAGAAAACUUGUUUUUUUAUAUGGCAAACACACAAAAGAUGAAAUAUUUCCCCCCAAAAAAUGUCCAAGUGGAAUAUUUGAUGAGAAGCAAUUGGAGCAUCAAAAUAGAUAAAUAAUUCAUAACAACAUUGAUUUGAAUUCAUUUUUAUUUUUGAAAGCACAUUUACAUCGUCCGUUUUAAAUAAAAAUCCCACUAAAAUUCUGCAAAUGUUCCCCACUCAUAAGUGUUAAAAAUAAGUUUUGACUUUCAAUUUGUUUAAUGCCAUUUUGGUCAAAGAAAACUUGUUUUUUUAUGUGGCAAACACACAAAAUAUGCAAUAUUUUCCCCCAAAAAUAUUUCAAAGUGGAACUUUUGAUACAAAGUAAUUGGAGCCUUGAAUACGUCAAUAAUUCAUAACAUUUGUUUGGAUUCCUUAAUAUUUUUUGAGCAAGGACAGCUUCAAAGAAAAAAAAUAGUAUUUGUAAAAUGUGUUGACCGUCAAAAAUUAGCCGCGGGUUGCAAACGGCCCCCGGGCCACACCUUGGAUACCCCUGAUCUCCACAGUCUGAAGCCACGACUCAUGUUGGAAAAUGCCAUUUAUGAUUUACUCACUUUUUGCAAAUUAAAAUGAUGAAAAAUAUUAUCAAAUCUUGUAAAGACUCCAUCCUGUUAGUGGAGACCCAUCGCCCUGGUCAUGGAAAUGCUGAGUAUGUGUCGGUUCCUUUGUCAUACUUCUUAUGUGUCAUUUUAUUUAUUUGAAAUAAAAACAAACAACGUUGUACAAAGCAAUUAUUAUUAAUAACAACAAUUUCAAAUCAGUACCUUGCGAUUUAAUCAUGAACAGUUCAGGGUGCCCAAAGUGCACCUGGGAUUGGCUCAUCUGUGACCCUAAUGAGGGUGGGUGGAACUCUAAAACAAUAACGAUAGUCACAUGGUAUUUUGCAUGUAAAAGGCACUGAGAAUGGCAUUAAAAUGUAUUUACGUAUUUGUGUGUUUUUCUAUUAUACUGUCACUCUAAAUCGAACCAAUUAAUAAAUAUUAAUACAUACACAUUUUGUUGUUAAGAAUGACAGUGUAGAACAGGGGUAUCAAGCUCAUUUUAGCUCAGGGGCCGCAUGGAGGAAUAUCUAUUCCCAAGUGGGCCAGAAUGGUAAAAUCAUGGCAUUAUAACUGACAAAUAAAGACAACUCCAGGUUGUUUUCUUUGUUUUGCUUUGGCCCAAAACAGAACAUGCACAUUCUGAAAACGUACAAAUCACAAAUAAUCCUCUGGACAAAACACUUCAAGUUUGUUGAAAAUUCGGAGGAAAUUGGUGCGGCUUCAAAGACACAAUGAGCUUAGACUUGGUCUCAGUGUAUCUACAAAGCCAGGAUUAAACUUUUAAGUUUUUU